AUGGACCAUGACGGCUUCUUUCGCCUGGUGGGCGAUCUACUGGUGGCAGCGCUGCCGGGCUGCAUCAAAGCCUUCCGAGGCAAAGAGGCGUGGGAGCUGCGGAGGCUGCCCAGCCUGGUGCGGGACCUCUCCCUGGACGCGGCUGGGCGAUACGUGGCCAGCGCCUGGGAGGACGGCACCGUGGCGGUGGAUGCCGUGGACGGCAGCCACCGCUGGCGCUGCCAGCUGCAGGUGCAUUGCAUCGCCAUUUGCCCUCGCUACGUAACAGGCGAGCACUGCGGGCUCCGCAUGAUUUGCUCCGGCGGCGAGGACGGCCGCGUGCUGCUGAGCCGCCGCGGCCGCUUGGAGACGCGGCACUCCGUGCUGCACGGCGGUGAGGGUGCAGUGUCCGCGGUGAAGUGGCAGGGCUCCCUGGUGGCAUGGGCCAACCAGAAGGGGGUGAAGAUCGUGGACGUGGAGACGCAGCAGAAGGUGGGCUUCAUCCCACGCCAGACGGGCAGCGGGCGGCUGUGCUGGCUGGGCGAUGACGCGCUGCUCAUUGGCUGGGACCAGGAGGUGCUGCUGGCGGGGCUGCGGCGCCGCCACGGGCUGCACUUCGCCUCGCUGCGGCGCCGCGUCGCGGUGCCCGGGGAGCUGGUGGCCCAGUUCGCCCAGCUCGACGCCGCCCUGGCACCGCAGCCGGAGGCGCUCUGUGCCGCCCUGGCGCAGUGGCCCCCCGACGCGAAGCCCACCGCGGCGCUGAUGGCGAAGCUGCAGCAGGCACUGGGCGCUGGCGACUGUGACGAAGGCGCCAGCUGGGAUCCGCAGGGUGAUGAGCCCGAGGAGCAGGCUGCCGAGGUGCUGGCGUCUCUCCAUGAAGCACAAGGGCACCCUUUGGUUGCCGCGCGCUUCCUGGCGCGUGCGGGCAGUGGCCGGGUCUUCACUCUGCUUUCCCGGCAGCUGAGGGAAGGCCGCCUCCCGGAAGCCGCAGAUGGCUUGUGUCGGCUGCUGGCGCUGGAUCCGGCCCGCGCCACGCAGCUGGCGGCUAGGCACCCGGAAGUCUUCAAGCCUGAUGCUGUGCUCUCUGCUUUAGCGCCACUGGGAGAUUGCUGGGAGCUGCGGUAUUUGAGGCUCCUUUCCGAGAGCUCGGAGCUGGUUCCUCAGCGGGUGCUGCAGCUUACGGCAGACUUGCAGCCGCAUCGGCUGGGGCCGGUGCUUGAGCAAUUGCUGCAGCGCAAGGAGUUGCCACGCGAAGUGCUGGAAGAGGUGUUGGAGGUGAGCUGGGCCAAAGGGGCCCUAGAUGCCAGCGCUAUGGCGCUGGAAGCGUUGGGUCAAACUCGCGAGGCGUUCGAGCUGCUGCUGCAGCUGAGUGUCUCAAGGGCAGUGCGGCUGGCAGAGGCGCUGAGUCAGCAGCUGCUGAAGUUGGCACUGCAAGACGCGCAUGUCUGUGGCUCUGUGCUGGAGCUGCACCUGCAAGGUGCGCCGCUGCCGUUCAAGGCAAAGGAGAUCUUCCAUCGGCUUCCUCCAGGCUUCCAGGUGCCCGCCAUGGGCGUGAAGGCGCUGGGCACCCUGCAGCUGGCAGAAUCAGCCCCGGGGCCCAGCGCCGGGAUGAUGGUGGCCUUUACGCAGAUGCCGGCGUUCGACUUCGAAGACGGCGAGAACAUGAAUCCAAAUGCUGGUCGGCAGACGCCCAUUUGCCACAGGAGACCUUUGCAACGCCUGAACUUCAACAGCAUGGCGCUCUCGCCCACGAAGCGCAGAAAGCAGAGCCAUGCGGAAGAGUCUCCUCAGAAGAUGGCAAAGGAAGAGGGGCGGAAGUCUCCACGACGCGAAGAUCACUCCAACUUCAACCUUGUUUUGUUGGAGGUCUUCAGACGCAUGAGCUCCUCCGACAUCGUGUCGAAGGUGGCGCCGGUGUGCAAACAAUGGCGGGAGGUGGCCCAGAGCCAGGAGCUCUGGGCCCUGGCGCGGCCCCACCUGCGGCUGGUGGAUCAGUUUGUAGUCCUGGAGAAGGUCGUCGAACGACGGUCCAAGGGCCGCAUCUUCAAGUGCAAACGCCUCGGCUCCGGAGAGACGGUGCUGCUGCGCAUGGUAGACUUGGAGCUGACCAACGCUGGCAGGGACGAUGGCUUGCCGACCUCUUUCCUGCGGGAGGCCGCUUUGUUGUCGGAGCUGCGGCACCCCAACGUGAUCAGACAUUUUGGUGCGGAAAUUUUGGACAAGCGCGCGGUGAUGGUCACUGAGUUCGUGCACGAGAACUGGAGCAAUUGGUUUAAAAGGUUAGAGUCCACCAUGCGCUGCCAGCGUGUGGCUGACAUGAGGGACAAGUUCAAGCAGAUGCUCACAGGGCUCCAGUUCUUGCACUUCCAGGGUCUGAUGCAUCGGAACCUAAAGCCGGACAACCUGUUCAUUGAUCAGGCAGGAUGUGUGAAGAUCGGAGACUUCACUACCAGCCGGCUGCUGGACAUUCCGUUUCAGGCCUACACCCCGGAGGACCCCAAGGAGAGGGACCGCUCCGGCCGGGAGAUGCGGCGCCUGUGGUACCGAUCCCCCGAGAUGAUCUUGCGGGAGGAGAUCUACGGGCCCAAGGUGGACACCUGGUCUGUGGGCGCGCUCUUCAUUGAGGCUUCCACUGGCAAGGCCAUCUUCCAGUCAGAUUCCGAGAUCGACCACCUCUUCAAGGUCUUCCGGGUGGUGGGGACGCCCGACCUCUUGUCCUGGCCGGAGGUGGUGACCUUCAAGAACUUCAGUCCCAAGUUCCCGGUCUAUCAGCGCUUCGACCUGGCCCAGGUGACCCGGGCCUGCCUAAACAGCGAGGAGGACCAGAGGGCCCUGAUGCAGCAGGCCCAGACCGACAGAAAAGACAUCCUCCAGCACCUGAUUCAAGCCGCCAGUUGUGUGGGCCAGGAGGGCAUGAUGCUGGUUGACCGCUUGGUGACGGUGCCGCCUUUGGCGCGCGCCAACUGUGAGGAGGCGCUCAAUGCGCCCUUCUUCACGGGCCGCACCGCGGGGGUGGAGCAUUGGCUCCAGAGAGGCCGGCAACGGGGUGAGUCGCCUGAGCCUCGCACCCGCGCAGUUCAUAUGGACGAGACCCCGCCGGCGGUGCAGCGAUCCGCCGUGGAAGUCCCCCCGAUGUCCAUCCCCGCCAACCUUGUGCCUCCGCAGAUGGUGUGGAACAUGCUGAAUGUGAUGACGCAGCAGGAGAAGAGAGCCCAAGGCUCCAUUAGCCUCCCACCAGGCUUUGACGGCUACACGCGGGCCGCCCAUGUGGAUUUUGUCGUGCAGAUGGCAACCGCGCUCAGCCUCCGAGACAAUACGGCUCACUUGGCUUGCGCGGUGCUUGACAAGGUCCUGUCGCAGCAAGACAGGCCUGUCCCAGAGGAGCAGCUCAAGGUGGUUGCAGCCACAUGUCUGAAGGUCUCAGACGUCUUUGCAGAGCAGAGCAAGGAGUACUACAAGCAGGAAAAUUCCGUGGAGUACGCCGAGGCUGCUGCUGGUCACUCAAUUACUCCCUUGCAAAUCCUUAGCUGUGAGAAGGAGAUGCUGCCGAAGAUUGACUUCAAGCUUCAGCAGCCCACAAUUUGUUGGUUUAUGCAGUGCUACCUCGCUUACGCAAGGCUUUCCAUGCGGGAUGCUGUGGGGAAAACGGCGUCCUUCAUUGCGGACUUGAUGUUGCUUGACUUCGAUCUGCUGCUGUACGCGCCAUCCUUGAAAGCACAGUGCGCUGUGUUGAUGGCUGCGUUCUUGGUGCAGCAUGAAGCCAAGCCUCGUCAGCCGCUGGAUGAGAAAGAGCCCAACGCUACGACAGAGAGAUGUUCCAAGCUGGGAGCCUUGCAAGGGGAUAUUUUAUGCUUAGAGUAUUGGGACAGCCAUGUCCGAAACUCUGUUUGCAGGGGCAACUUGGCCGUGGAUGCAUCCAUGUGCCUGCAGGCAGUAGUCCGGACGCUGGGGGAUCGGAGGCGAGAAUGGAAGGCUUUGAAGCUGAAUGCGGUGGAGAACAAGCACGUGCAGCGUGCCAGAGCCCUGGCAUACCCAGACAGCUUUCCCGUGUCCAAGCUGGUGCGCUACAUCGUCCCGGACAACCAGCGAGCUUUGAUCCCAUGA